CUUGUGGUCCAGUCUUCUGUGCCAGAAGCCCCUGUGACUGGGGUUUUGCUUGAAGAAGUGGUCUCUAGUUUGCCAAAAAACAGACCCAAGUUUAAUUUACUUCAGGUUGUUAAAGGUGGUAUUUCCAGCAACUCUGACUCCACACCCCAAGCUCUAACUCCAAAUACACCCUCUUCAGCUUUUCCUGUGGCUCAAUCUGAUAUGAGUGGUUUAGUGUCUCUUCAGGGCUCAUCCGGAUCAACCACUGCAUAUGCUACAAGUGGUUCUGGACAAAUGGUUUUUGCACAAGGGGAACGUGCCAGCUUCCUUUCCAAGACUGGAGUUUCUGGCCAGUCCACUAAUGACCAGAGCUCCCCUAGUCUUUCUAGUUCAGCAGCUUCAGGUACCACCUAUGGCGUAACUACUCAGGCUCAAGGUACAAGUCAGUUUGCUCCAGGAUCUUCUUCCCCAUAUGCAACCAUCUCAUUGCCCAAAUAUGCUACUAGUCAGUUGGUGACUGGGCCAAGUUCAAAGCAAUUUACCACAGUCUAUGGCACCAAGACUGGAUCCUCUGCUCCUUUCACUCUGCAAGGAAGUACCACUUAUGGUGGACCAAUCCAGACUCAAGAUGCCUCAAGUCAGUUUGUUUCAGGAUCUUCAACCCCAUACGUUACUGUAUCCUUGCCCCAAGGUGUUACUAGUCAGUCAGCUGUGCCAAGUUCAAAGCAGAUUACUUCAGUCUAUAGCACCCAGACAGGAUCCUCUGCUCCUUUCACCUUACAAAGACUUGUCCAGGCUCAAGAUGCAACAAGCCAGGUUGUAUCAGCAUCAUCCCCCUAUGUAGCGCUAUCAUUGCCCCAAGAUGUUACUAGUCAGUUGACUCCUCUGCCAAGUUCAAAGCAAAUCACUACUGUCUAUAGCACCGAGACUGGAUCUUCUACCCCUUUCACUUUGCAAGGAAGCACAACAUAUGGGGGACUUCUCCAGGCUCAAGAUUCAACAAGCCAGGUUUCAGUAUCCUCAACCCCAUACGUAGCUGUAUCACUGCCCCAAGGUGUUACUAGUCAGUCAGCUGUGCCAAGUUCAAAGCAGAUCACUUCAGUCUAUAGCACCCAGACUGGAUCCUCUGCUCCUUUCACCUUACAAAGACUUGUCCAGGCUCAAGAUGCAACAAGCCAGGUUGUUUCAGGAUCUUCAACACCAUACGUAGCUGUAUCCUUGCCCCAAGGUGUUACUAGUCAGCCAGCUGUGCCAAGUUCCAAGCAGAUUACCUCUGUCUAUAGCACUCCAACAGGUUCUUCUGCUCUUUUCACUUUGCAAGGACUAAUCCAGGGUCAAGAUUCAAGUCGGGUCAUUUUUGGAUCUUCAGCCCCAUAUGUUCCCGUUCCCCAAGAUGUUAAUAGUCAGUUGACAUCUGUGCCAAGUUCAAAGCAGAUCACUUCAGUCUAUAGCACCCAGACAGGAUCCUCUGCCCCCUUCACCUUGCAAAGACUUGUCCAGGCUCAAGAUGCAACAAGCCAGGUUGUUUCAGAAUCAUCUUCCCCACAUGUAACCGUAUCAUUGCCUCAAGAUGUUACUAGUCUGUCAACAACUGUGCCUAGUUCAAAGAAGCCUAUUACCUCAGUCUAUGGCACUCCAACAGGGUCCUCUGCUCUAUUCCCUUUGCAAGGAUCAGUCCAGCGUCAAGAUUCAAAUCCGGUUGUUUCAGUAUCUUCCCCAUAUGUGGCUGUAUCAUUGCCCCAAGCCUUUAAUAGUCAGUCAGGUGGGCCAAGUUCAAAGCAGAUUACUUCUGUCUAUAGCACCCAGACAGGUUCCUCUGCCCCCUUCACCUUGCAAAGACUUGUCCAGGCUCAAGAUGCAACAAGCCAGGUUGUUUCAGGAUCAUCCCCCUAUGUAGCGCUACCAUUGCCCCAAGAUGUUACUAGUCAGUUGACUCCUCUGCCAAGUUCAAAGCAAAUCACUACUGUCUAUAGCACCGAGACUGGAUCUUCUACCCCUUUCACUUUACAAGGAAGCACAACAUAUGGGGGACUUCUCCAGGCUCAAGAUUCAACAAGCCAGGUUUCAGUAUCCUCAACCCCAUACGUAGCUGUAUCACUGCCCCAAGGUGUUACUAGUCAGUCAGCUGUGCCAAGUUCAAAGCAGAUCACUUCAGUCUAUAGCACCCAGACAGGUUCCUCUGCCCCCUUCACCUUGCAAAGACUUGUCCAGGCUCAAGAUGCAACAAGCCAGGUUGUUUCAGCAUCAUCCCCCUAUGUAGCGCUAUCAUUGCCCCAAGAUGUUACUAGUCAGUUGACUUCUCUGCCAAGUUCAAAGCAGAUCACCUCUGUCUAUGGCACCCAGACAGGAUCCUCUGCUCCAUUCACUUUGCAAGGAAGCACCACAUACGGUGGACUUCUCCAGGUUCAGGAUACAACAAGUCAGGUUGUUUCAGGAUCUUCCCCAUAUGUAGCUGUUUCCUUUCCCCAGGGUGUUACUAGUCAGUCAGCAGUGCCAAGUUCAAUGCAGGUUACCUCUGUCUAUGGCACCCAGACAGGAUCCUCUGCUCCUUUUGCUUUGCAAGGACUACUCCAGGGUCAAGAUUCAACAAGUCAAGAUGUUUCUGUGUCUUCCCCAUACGUAGCUCUAUCAUUGCCACAAAGUAUUACUGGUCAGUCAGCUGUGCCAAGUUCAAAGCAGAUUACCUCCGUCUAUGGCACCCAGACAGGAUCCUCUGCACCUUUCCGUUUGCAAGGACCACUUCAAACUAAAGAUUCCCCAUCCUCUGUCGUCAAGACCUUAACUUCCUAUUUUUCUAAACCUUCCAGUAGUUCUACUACUUUAAGACGCUACAACUCCAAGUGAUAAGAGACUGUUACACUGAUACAUUGCAAUGUUUGUUCUUAAACCUUUCCAAUAAAUUUAGCAA